AUGGAGAUGAACUACAAAGCUUUAUGUCUACUGAUAGUGAUCAUACUUGUGAGGAGUGUAGAAGGGCAAUUGAAGGAGAACUUUUAUAUAUCAACUUGUCCUAACGUCGAAACCAUUGUCCAACAGGCCGUGCGAGCCAAGGUUCAACAGACGCCGGUUGCAAUCCCAGCCACCCUUCGCCUAUUUCUCCAUGACUGCUUUGUUGAGGGAUGCGAUGCCUCGAUUCUUAUCGCUUCACAAAAUAAUGAUGCUGAAAAGGAUGCCAAGGACAAUCUUUCCCUAGCGGGAGAUGGCUUCGACACUGUCAUACAGGUGAAAAAGGCAGUCGAAGAUCAAUGCCCCGAGGUUGUCUCGUGUGCAGACAUUUUAGCUCUUGCUGCUCGAGAUGUUGUAGCCCUGGCAGGUGGCCCUAAAUUCCGAGUGGAAUUAGGAAGGCGAGACGGGCUCAUCUCUAAGGCUUCCAUGGUCUCGGGAAACUUACCGGGACCCGAUUUCAGCCUCGAUCAACUCAACAACAUGUUCGCCAAAAACAACCUGUCCCAAACCGACAUGAUUGCUUUGUCGGGGAGUCACACGCUCGGUUUUUCCCACUGUUCCCGUUUCAAAAAACGGUUAUACUCCUUCUCCAGGGGCCGCCAAAUCGACCCCACCCUAAACCCUGUUUAUGCGCAGGAUCUGAUGAAAUCAUGCCCCGAGAAUAUUUCAGACGAUAAUGUAGUAUUCAUGGAUCCGCGGACCCCACAGAAGUUCGACAAUAUAUACUAUCAGAAUUUGGUAGAGGGGAAAGGGCUGUUCACGUCUGAUCAGGUGCUGUAUACUGAUCUGACUUCUCGGUCAACAGUCGAGGAUUUUGCCAACAACUCAGGUCACUUUAUCACAGAGUUUGCUGCAGCAAUGAGGCGACUUGGCAGGGUUGGGGUGAAAACUGGCGAGCAAGGAGAAAUACGAAAAGAUUGUGCGGUUUUCAAUCCGUAG